AUGGUUCUGAAAGUCCUCAUUUGCGGCGAAGUUGUUGUCGCCGAACGUUUUCCUGUGCUGAGAACCACAAGUGCCCAGAUCGACCUUCGUGGACAAGGCAUUGAGGCUGUCAAACGCAUGGGUCUCAUAGAUGCGGUUCGCCGAAGGCUCGUUGACGAGGCAGGCGUGUCCCUCAUUAACACCAAGGGCAAUGUCGAGGCGACGAUCCUUGUUGGAGCAGAUGGACAGGGCUUGCACAUUCGAAGGAACAGUCUAUACCACCUGGUGCUCCAGACGCAUAUCACCAGCUCGGGGUAA